AGACAGAAGAAUAUGGUCCAGCAUCUCUGCUCGAUUGAAGGAGAAGAAGGUGGUGGAACACUGGUCCUGUAGUCUAUCCUGUUUCUCCCAUCACAAGCCCAACCCCUCUAUCCUCUAUCCUCUGUCCUGCUCAAUCUGCUGUCUCUGCCUUGUUUCUCUCUCCCUGUAUUUCACACUGUUGGCCUUGUUUUGGCAGAAAUUGCCCAGGCUAUUAUUGGAUCUCUGUGGCCUUCGGGCUAAAUAUUACUGGAUCUCUGUGGCCUUCGGGCUAAAUAUUACUGGAUCUCUGUGGCCUUCGGGCUAAAUAUUACUGGAUCUCUGUGGCCUUUGGGCUUAUUAUUGGUGGAUCACUUUUUUUUACUUUUUUUAAGACAAACCUCACAUAUCUCCUUACAUACACUUUGACAUAGUCAACUCUACCUUUUUCAAAAGGUCUUCAAACUUUCAACUUUGAGGUACACCUUCAGUACACUUCUAGACAAAAUCUAGCUAAUACUUUGACACAGUCUACAGUAUACAGAUUUCGACCUCUAACAUUGAGAUACAAUUUGACAGUUUAUAAGGACUACCAUACAACCUACACAAACUUUGACAUUGACCUUUGAAACUGACAUCCAAGCAGGGUGACCAUGCCUAGAAAAGGGAAGAGGUCUCAAGCUUCCAAACUGCGUUGGCAGAAGUUUGGUGAGUCUCAACACUCAACACCAGCUGAACAGACAGUGAGUUUGCAUCCUCACAGCAACAGAGAAGUACAUUUUCCUCAGUCUUCUCAUUCUAAUGUUACACGUGUGUUAGCAUCCCGCAGUCAGAGGCAUUAUACAUAUGCUGAUUCCAGAAACAGUCAGUGUACCUGUAACUCUGCAACAUUUCUUGCUUUCCUGCACGAAUUACAACAACUCCAAUGGGCAGACCUUGAUCUUGUUUUAGACAGAGGCCAUGCAAUGUAUACACUUAUUCAGAGUCAGUUAAGCGCUGGUGGACGAAAGGUUCACGCACACUUGAAUACAGAAGAAUUGCCCGAGAUUGUUUUUGGCUACAGACUAAAUGACAAAGUGUGACUCAAUGUUUGCUGUGUUUGCAGCUGUUACUGGUGAAGGCGAUCACCUGAACCUCUCAGACAGACUUCAGUGCUUGUCGUCAGGGGUGAGAUACGCGUUGUUGAUCAUGAGUUCCGUGUGCAUCGCUCUUUUUCAAGACCAGCAAGGAAGGUAUGGCUUUUUUGACCCACACUCUCGACGACCCGACGGCCUACCCCAUUGCCCAGACGGUAACGGUACAGCUGUCAUGUUCAUUUUCACACAUUUAAGUGAUCUAAUAAGAAAGAUCGUCACAUCUUUCAGGAUGUUAGGUGCCAGCCACUAUGCUCCUUAUGAGCUAACACCUGUGCUUUUUCAUAGUUUGGAUGAACUCUCUACCGAUGAAAAUAUUGCACGUGUAGACACUAAUGCAGAUAUUGGUGUUUCACACAUGAGUGAUCAAGACCGUGACACUGUAUCCAGUGUAAUACAGGCUGAAAAAGACAUGACUUUUCCAUCAUUGUCAGUAACAGAGUCCACACCCUGUGCUGACAUUACAUUGAAUGCAAAUGAAUUCAUGCAUCAUAAUAGCGAUGAAGGUGCAGUGGAAUGUCCUAGAUCAGACACAACACGACAAUCAUCAUAUGCCAAAUAUAGAUUCUAAACGUACCAAAAAACAAAAGGCAAAGUUCAAAAGAAGAGUUAGGUUAUUGGAAAAGAAAAAGGUUACACCUGGAAAAAGUGCAGAAAAAAUCAAAAGACUUAAAAAUAUCAAAGAGAGGGAAAAGUAUGCUAAUGAUAAAUUCUAUAAGAAUUUAAAAAAAUCACAAGAACGCAAAAGUUACAGUCGAAAUGUUGAGUAUAAAAACAGAAAGAUGUCCAACAUAAUUACUAACUAUCAACAAAACCCUAACUUCCGGCAUAGGCAGAAAUGUUACUCAACAAAUCGUUACAGUAAAGACAUUGGCUUUAAGCAGCGGAAUAGGUUUUAUAUAAACAGUCGUUAUGCAAAUGACCCUGCGUUCAGAGCUAAACAAAAAGAAACAAUGAGACAACUUAUAAGAAACAAAUACAGAAACCGUAUUGCAUUUAGAUCCAAACAAAAAGAAACAAUGAGACAACUUAUGAGAAACAAAUGCAGAUAUAAGUUUGCAUUUACAAUGUCCAAUAACAUGCGUUGUGCCUUGAAAAUAAGACAAAAGUACAGACAAAUAAACACCGAACAUAACCUCAGAAAUGAAAGUCACCAUAACAAUACAGAUGACAGUCACCAAAACCAAAGGGAUCAAAGGCUGAUUAGAGAAGCUAUAGAGCUUUUUCAAUUACAAACAAAAAACGGGCCAACAUAUGUCUGCACAGUUUGCCAUAGAGCAUUAUUUUCAAAUCAAGUUCAACGCUGCAGCAAGUCAAACUACGUUAAAGAUCCACAUGUAGCUGAAACUUGCCUUACAGGGAGGUUUGUUCAUGUUUGCACUGAUGAAUGUAAAAAAACACAACAGUGCACAGUACCAGAUGAGAGAAAGAGAGAGUGGAUAUGUUACACUUGCCACGAUCACCUAAAAAAUGGUAGCAUGACAUCCCUUGCUAUGGCUAAUAAUUUAGAACUUGCUGAUAUUCCACCUGAACUAAGUGCUUUAAACAUAUUGGAAAGGCACCUCUCUGCCAAAUGCAUACCAUUUGCAAAAAUUAUCACACUUCCCGAAGGUCGACAAAGAGCCAUUCAUGGCAACAUAAUAUGUGUACCUUCAGAGGUGCAAGAAACAGUUGAUGCCUUACCUUGACUCAGAAGUGAAUCUCAAGUCAUGAGAGUAAAGCUAAAGAGACGAUUGUGCUAUAAAGGCCAUCAAUUGUUCCAAACUGUAAACUGGCCUAAACUAGUGAGAGCUCUGCUUAAACUAAAAGAGAUCCAUCCCCAGUACGAAGACAUAACAAUCAGAGAUGACCCCGAGUUAUGUGAUCCAACAUUUCCUGAUGAGGAAGAUGAGGACACUGAUGAGGAAGACAAAAUGGAUGAUAGUGAUUAUAAUGUAGAAGAUUUCAUGGAAAUUGACAGCUUUGAGAACAAUGUGCUUUGCGAGGCAGAAAGCAUUCCUGAAAACGCUGAACAGGUUAUUGACAGUCAAUCAUGUGAUGACCAUCAUCCACAGCAGCAGUCUGACAAAAUGCAACAACAUGGUGAUGAACCUAAUGGCGGUAUUGCUUUAGAAUCUUGUCUACAACCAACUGAUAUUUCAGAGGAGAUAUUAAGCUUUAGUGAGGGAAUCUAUUCUGUUGCGCCUGCUGAAGGAAACAAACCAGUGAGCUUUUUUAAAACCCCUAAUCUUGAGGCCAUGGCUUUCCCUGUUCAGUUUCCCACUGGUAAAAACACACUAGAUGAAAACAGGCUUAGGAUAUUAACACCUUGCAGCUAUUUCAAAACUAGGCUUUGCUGUGUCGAUGACCGAUUCGCUAAAGAUACAAACUUCUUGUUCUUUGCGCAGUUUGUAACAGAAAUGUACCAAGCCACUUCCAGCAUGACAAUACAGUUGCGUAAAGGCAGGCCCUUUACCCGAGAUGGCCGCAGAAUAAACAAUGCAAUGUUGCAGGACAAACAGGAGGUUGAAAGAUUAGUGCGUAACAGAGAUGCAAUUUGAUUUAUGACCCCACUGAGAGGCACGCCAGCCUACUGGGAAAAAACAACGAAAGAUCUGUUUGCUAUGAUUAGAUAGUUGGGAACUCCUACGUUCUUUUGUACAUUUUCUGCUGCCGAAAUGCGUUGGAAAGAGGUUAUUACUGCUAUAAAGAAUCAACAAGGUGAACAAGUCAAUUUUUAUGAGCUUGACUGGUCCUCCAAGUGUGACAUAUUAAGAAGCAAUCCUGUGACGACAAUGCGCAUGUUUGACAAACGUGUUGAGGCGCUUUUCAGAGAUUUGAUCCUUUCACCUGCACAGCCAAUUGGCAAAGUUGUGGACUACUUUUACCGGUUGGAAUUCCAGAACCGAGGAAGCCCACACAUUCACUGUCUCAUAUGGGUGGAAGGAGCACCUGUCUUUGAGGUAGACUCUGAUCAGAAGGUGUGUGAUUUUGUUUCCAGGUACAUCACAGCUGAGCUGCCUGAUCCAAUCACACAACCCGAACUGUACAAAAAAGUAACAGAAGUUCAGAUGCACAGCAAAAACCAUUCCAAGACUUGCGUUAAAUACAGUGAUUCUAAUUGCCGUUUUGGAUUUCCCAAACAACCUGCCCAAGCAACCAUGAUAAUAAGACCAGGAGAUAAUGUUGAUGCAGAAAAAGAAGCAGCAGCAUUGACCAAGCUCACGACACUGAAACUGUUGCUUAAUGAACCUGAAAACACAAAUCUUAGUUUGCACCGACUUUUGGCUCUCUGUGAGCUCACCCUUGACGAAUAUAUUGAAUGUUUGUGUAUGACAGCCAAAUCCAGUUCGGUGAUAUUGAAGCGCAAUCCUAAAGACAGUUGGGUAAAUGGCUACAAUCGUAACCUCCUUGAAGCCUGGGACGCCAAUUUAGAUAUACAGUUCAUUCUCAACGCUUACUCCUGUAUUGCAUAUAUGUGCAGCUACAUUAGCAAAGCCGAACAUAGUUUAAGUGAAUACCUGAAAACAGUAAUACAAAACGCGCGUCAUGAUAAUGUCAAUGAAAGCGAUGAAAUGAAACAAGUUAUGCAGGCGUACUCCAAAAAAAGAGAGAUCAGUGCUCAAGAGUGUGUGGCACGUGUAUGUGGUCUACACAUGAAAAAGUGUACACGCAGUGUCGUAUUUCUACAGACAGACGACAAUGCGCUUAAAAUGAGUUACCCCGCUCGUUCCUAGAGAACAAAACACCAAACUCCAUUAAUGUGUGGAUGAGCGGGUUACCCGAGAAGUAUAAAUCUAGACCUGAAACACCAGAAUUUGAGGCAAUGUGCUUUGCCAAUUUUGCUUCCACUUGUAGGAUUGUCUAUGGCAAACAAACAAAGGGUAAAAAUGUUCUUCCUCUGCUGAAUGAGAUGGGAUACAUCAAGAGGAGAACAAACGGUAAACCUGCUGUCAUUAAAUAUCGCAGCUUUUCAGAGGAAAAGUUUCCUGAGGAAUUUAAUGGCACAUUGCUUAAACUCUACCUCCCUCAUCGCUCUGAGUCCCAGCUGAAAAGUAGUAAUUUCCCUACUUAUAAGUCUUUCCAUGACUGUGCUGGCAUCCAGCUACCAGGUGCAGGUUACCCUGAAGCCGUGUCUGAAAUUGUCAAACGAAAUAGAGAGAAAUAUGAGAAACACAGGGAAGACAUUGAAAGUGCAGUCAAAGAGUACGAACAAAACGGUGGCAUAAGAAACGAAUGGUGUAAUCUGGCUCCAGAGAGUGAAUUACAAAGGUUAGAGUGUAUCGAAGAAAUUGAGGCAGCACAACCUGAUAAUGAUGACAUACAAAGAGAAUGUACCAGAAUAUAAUACUAGGUCAGAAAGUACAGGAACUACAAUCACGAGACAGGCCCCUAACUUAGAUUCCACAUUGUUACGCCAAAUGUAUCAGAACUUGAACCAGAAGCAAGCUUCCGUCUUUUACACCAUCAGAGACUGGUGCUUAAAGCGUGUCUGUGGCUUAAACCCAGAACAGUUCUUUUACAUUAAUGGUGGUGCUGGAACAGGCAAGUCCCACGUUAUCAAAUGCAUCCAUGCUGAGGCUUCCAAAAUAUUGUGCAGACUUCCGCGAUAUGCAGAGGAAGCAGAUAUAUCUAAACCUACUGUCCUGUUAACCGCAUUCACUGGCACUGCAGCGUUCAACAUUUCAGGUACAACAUUGCAUUCUCUCCUCAAGCUGCCAAGAAGUCUAAAGCCUCCGUUCCAAGGCCUUGGCAAUAAACUAGAUGAAGUCAGGGCUGAGCUUUCAAAUGCUGAAAUAAUAAUUAUUGAUGAAGUAUCUAUGGUCUCAAAGUUUCUCUUUGCCUACGUGGAUGUGAGAUUGAGGAAAAUCAAAGGAAUUCAGAGACCUUUUGGUGGAAUGUCAGUCCUUGCUGUUGGAGAUUUCCAUCAGUUACCACCUGUUAGACAGUCUAAACCUCUUUGCGUAUAUGAUCCCACUCAACUCGACCUCUGGCAUCAGCAUUUUUAUAUGAUCACACUCACUGAGAUUAUGCGUCAGAAAGAUUAUGUCCUUUUUGCUGAGAUGCUAAACCGUAUCCGUGUCAAAGGAAAGUCAGAUGGAUUUUCAGAGGAAGACAGAGCUUUGCUUUCACAGGCUGUAAUUGAACCGGCACACUGUCCAAAGGACAUACUGCACAUUUUUGCUACAAAUAAACAGGUUGAUGCACACAACUCUGCAUCGUUAGAUCUGUUCCACUCAGACAUUGUGAAAAUAGAUGCAGAUGAUUACAAAAAAGAUCUUAAAAAUGGUAGGAUGGCAAGACAUGCUAUACCUUUCCAAGGCACCAACAAAGAGUUACCUGACUCAAUUAAAGUUGCCAUAGGUGCACGUGUCAUGAUUACCAGAAACAUUAACGUACAAGCCGGUCUGUGCAACGGAACUUUCGCUCAAAUAGCACAAAUAGUGACUAGUGAAGGUGGUCCACACAUCAGUAAACUUGGUCUAGAACUUGUCAAUGAAAAUGCAGGAAACAAACACAGUAGUACCGGUGCAGCUGAUAAUAUUGUGUAUAUAGACCGGGAGGAAGAGAAACUGAUGCAAAAGGGAGUGGUGCGCAGGCAGUUUCCCAUUAAGCUUGCUUUUGCAUGUACAAUACACAAGGUGCAAGGUAUGACAACUUCUUCAGCAGCUGUAUCACUGAAAAACAUCUUUGAACAUGGAAUGGCCUAUGUAGCUCUCAGUAGAGUAACAUCUCUCAGCGGACUACACAUUUUAGAUAUGGAUGAGCAAAAGAUAUACUCCAACCCUGAUAUUACCACAGGUCUCGCUAACAUGAAUGAAGCUUCAAUAGAGCGCAUAAUUAGUGGUGCACGAUAUAUCGGCCGCCGAUAUAAUAUCGGCCGAUAUGGUCAUUUUUUUACACAUCGGUAUCGUUCCGAUGUCAAAAUAGGGCCGAUGAAUAGGGCCGAUGUGAAUUAUUCCUGUGUAUUUGACGUGUGUAGGCUUAGAUGUGAGUGUGUGAGAAUUUAGAUUUAAAUCUGAC